AUGUCUACUUUUUCAUUUAUCCCAUUUGACGCUAUUUCCAAAACAAUUUCCUCAAAUAUAGAUUUUUCAAAUUCACAUUUGAAAGGUGCUUUAUUCUUGAUCGCUUUUAAUCCAGCUCUAUGGAACGGUGUUGCAAGAAUUGAAUAUAAAACCAAACUUUUCUCUAAAUUAACGGGUUCACCCAGAAGGGCUUGUUAUUGUUUGGCAUUUAUCAUUUUCACUUUGGGGUUAGGAAGAGAUUAUUUGUUUAAACAAGGCUGUUGCAUUGAGCAGGUUUCCAAUGAAUUUUUAAGUAAACCUAUUUUUAAAAUUUUAGGUGCUUUAACUUUUGCAGCAGGACAAACUUUAGUAUUAAGUUCAAUGUAUACAUUAGGUAUUGAUGGUACUUAUUUAGGUGAUUAUUUUGGUAUUUUGAAGGAUGAAAGACUGACUGGUUUCCCAUUCAAUGUCUGUGAGCAUCCAAUGUAUGAUGGUUCUACAUUGUCCUUUUUGGGUACUGCCUUAUUUUACGCAUCUCCUGCAGGUGUUUUUACCGCUGGGUUUGUUAAAUUAGUCUACAGUAUUGCCCAAAUUUUUGAAGGACCAUUUACCGCUAAGAUUUAUGCCAAGAGAGAUGCUGAAAGGAAACAAAAAUAA